AUCGGCUGAAAUGUCACCCAUCGAUCGGUAUCGUGUAUUGGUAUGAUCCAGUUCGCCCAUCGUGACAUCCCUUUAGACAUUCCAUUGUUGCUUUUUGCGAACGUAUCAUUUGACUUGUGAAUGUCUAUCAUCUCAGGCAGUGGAAGUGAAUACUCCCAUGCGGCCCAGUUCAGGAAAAUUCGACAUUCUCAGGAGGUGGUAAAGAUCUUGCUGCAAACAAAUGUCGUCUCUAUGUGUGAAGGUAUCGUCGUAUUUCCCGCCGGUAUGAGGUAGAAAAACGAAAACUCGCUGCUCGUAAACGUAAUCUAAUUCGUCGUAAAUCGCUACCGAAGUAGCAUGUGAGCUUCUCGUAAAAAUCGCAAUCGAAAUAGAAAACUAUGAGUUACCUGCUUUGCUCUUGUCGAAACAAUUCUAGUACCUUCAACUUAUUUUUCCCUAUUGCAGCUUUUCUUUGCUGACGCCCUGUCGUGUUUUUCAUCCUUGCACACAGUUCCUGCAGCUGAAAAACACGUCGUUCUACUUGAAGCAAAAAAAAGUCAUGCUAUCUUCCUUGCGGAAAGACAUCCGGGAAACUAUCUCGGUCGGGGCUCCGAUGUACAACAACGGCAACCCCUCGGGCUGCCUGCGUCUGUACCGGGGGCUCGCGGGGGAGAUGCUGUCGAAAAUGGGCAGGGCAAGCUCGUUGGACCAAACAGAGAAGCAGGCGCAGGACCGACUGCAAAAGGCAAUGGAGAAAAUCGACCAGCGGAGCGCGACCAUGACGAUGCCAACAAGUUCCUCUGGUUCGACUUCAAAUUCCAUGGUCAAGGAGGACGCGUGGACGUUGCGGCGCGCGUUCGACGAUAUUUUGUCCAUGGGAACCCCCGACAUGAUGCCGGACAUGGAGGACGUGCGCGUUGUGAAAGUCCCGUGUCAAAAUCCGAGGAAUUGCCAGUUCCCCAAUUGCAACUGCGAGAGCAAAGCAACUCGGUCUUCGUCAAGCACAGUAAUGAUGGUCAGAAACCAGAAUUGCCAAAACCCGAAGAAUUGCAAAUUUCCAAACUGUAACUGCGGCGCUGCUCCAUCAAAUUCCGAUAUCGCAAGGGUGUGCCAGAACCCGCGCUGUUGCAAGUAUCCGAAUUGCAACUGCGGCAGCAACAGUCGCUCCUGCGGUGGGGGUGUGCCGUCAGUCUGUCAAAACCCGCGGUGUUGCAAGUACCCCAACUGCAACUGCGGGCGCGCGGCGGGUCGUAGUUCCUCCUGCGGACGGGGUGGCAUGCGCGGACCCCCCAUGGGCUGCAGGAACCCACACUGUUGCCAGUUUCCUAGGUGCGGUUGCAAUGCGGUAAGUAGAGGCUGCUGAGAAGAACUACACCAGCGCCAUUCGUAUGUAUUUACUGUGAUGAUUUGAAGAUUUCCUUGGCUUCGUUCCGCCACCUGGGCGCUGACGGUGAAAGUCACUGAAGGGCAGCUAUCUCGAUCUCAACACGUUUCCUUUACUGUACGAUUUUCAGAUGUAGUUAUUAAGUUUUAUGCUACAGGUUUCCUUUAGUUACAGGAACGCACCGAUGUGGAUUCGAAUGUGGGGAUGGAG